AUGUCGUCGACGGAGACGACAGAGACUGCUCUGGCAGCUUCUGCCCCGGCAGAGUCAACCACAAAGCCCAAGUCAGAAAAACUCCCCAUCACCGUAUCGAAACCAACGCCGUACACCUUCGACCUCGGCCAUUUGCUCGCACAGGAUCCAAAUCCCCUGGUCAUCCCCCCAUCCGAGCCUCUCAAUGACGUCCUCAAAGCGACCGCCCGUGACGGCGCCCAAUGUCUGCUGAACCAGCUGCUCACGACAUGUCCGAUCACGUCGUCCCCCCAAGACGGCGUGCUGCUGACCCUGCCACCUCCCAACAUCCUUCUGCCACGGCACAAGCCUCUCCCGCAACCGAAACCGCCAACCAAGUGGGAGCUCUUCGCCCGCAAGAAGGGUAUCGGCAAGUACAGCAAGAAGCCGGGCGCCGCGCUGGCCGACAAGGAGCGCCGCAAGAGGCUGGUGUACGACGAGGAGAAGGGCGAGUGGGUGCCGCGCUGGGGAUACAAGGGCAAGAACAAGGCCAUGGAGAACGAGUGGCUUGUUGAGGUUCCGGAGAAGGAGUGGAAGAAUGAAGGCGAGGGCAAGAACAUCCGCACGCUGAGCCGACAAGAGCGCAAGGAGCGGAUAAAGAGGAAUGAGCGGAAGAUGCGCGCGAAUGAGCGACGAGCCAGGAAGGCUGCUGGUGCUGGUUAA